AUGGAUUUCCAAAAUGUUAUAAAUUCGGAAGGAAAGAAAGUCACCAGAAAACGCAAAUUUACACCUAAUAUUACCAAAGCAUUGGCCAAAAAGUCUCAGGCUAGUUUAUCCAAUUCCAAUGAUGAUACUCGUAAGUCCCAGCAAUUUUCUGGGAAGUCGAAUGCCACUCGUGGACGGAUAAAUCGAAAGGCUCUUGAUGGCGAUGAGCCUCGCUUCGUACAGGGGUUUUCGAUGUUUGAGUCUGGUCUUGGAUGUGCUGAGAGAAAUGAUCGGACUCGUUUUGAGAGGGAUUCAUUUCCAUCUCGAAGUAGCAAAGCUUCCUCAAAGGCAACAGCAGAAAUUCCACCUUCUACCGAAGUUCAGAACUUUGACAAUGAAUAUCCAACUCUCUCGAACAUCCAUCAAGUUUUCAAACAUCCACCUAAUAUAAUGCCGCCGGAUCCCCCUGAAAUUUCUAAGCAAUUUAAAAGAGAUCAUUUUCCAUCUUCUGCUCCUUCAUCUGAUAAUCAGGCUUCUAUCCACUCAUCUACCCCUCUGGUCCACGAACUGUUUGAUGAACAAAAAUCUAACGGCAGUAUCUUCUCUCUUCGAAUGCCGGUUGCCCUCGAUUAUGAAGGCUCACCCAUUGAGAAGUUUGGUAAGGUUGGCAAAAUACAAAUCUUCGACAAUGGGGAAACGAGGUUGGUUAUCGGUGAAAACUUCUUCCGUCUAACCAGUCCUGGAAUGUCAUCGUACUCUUCUGACAUUGUGCUGUUGGAAAUGGAAGAAGAGGAUGCUUCAGGCGUAAAUAAUGGAGGCGCUGGAGUAGUAGAUUUGACUUCCAUCGGUCAUAUCGAACAAUUCCUUGCAGCAGUUCCCGAUUUGGACCAAUUCGCUCGACUUGGACGCUGA